AUGUCAACCCAAUACUUCCAAGAUUACAAUCAAAGUCAUCAAAAUGCACCUAGAAGUCCUGGAACAACUUUUCAUGCACCUUUAACUCAUUCCAUUCCGAGACUUAAGCCACACAAUGCAGCUUCUUGUUGUUCUUGUUGUGGUAUUACGUUUCGCAUGUUCCGUCAAAAAUACAAUUGUUAUAAUUGUGGUAAUGUAACUUGUGGACGAUGUUCUGAUAAUAGAGCUGAGUUACCAAAAUUUAGUUAUUUUGAGCCUGUGCGAGUUUGUAACUUAUGCUAUGAUUAUUUGAAAAUAAUGGAAAUGAAUCGUUCACAACUUAUCAGAUCACCAACCAAAAUAUUGCGAGAAUAUAUUUCAGCAUAUAAUCUUCCUUGUCAUAAUAUUAUUGAAAAAGACGAUUUGAUUAAUAUCAUUAUAGCGCAUAGACCAUUGGAAGAACGUUAUGAAGUUUAUUAUCGAGAUCAUUAUCCAAUUGCUCAAUCU